AUGGGUUUUGCUCAGAAAAUCGCUGCCAGCCAGAAUAACGAAAAGAUGUCCAGUGGCACUUACGGUGGUGCGCCUCCGUCCGGGUACACUGGGGGACCUCCCUCCGCGCUGCAGGCCGGACACAAUGAACAAUAUCAGGCUUAUUCAGGAUCCCCAGCCCCUCAGGGAUCGGGCUACAACCGCCCGCCUCCACCGCCGCCACAAGGCCAGCCCUACGCCGCCGCGUCUUCGCCCUACCCAGGCCAACAGCCACAGCAGCCCUAUAGCCCGGCGUCGCCACACCCGGGUCAACAGCCUGGACAAUCUUACGGCCAGCAACCGCAAGGCUAUCCUGGGCAGCAACAAUACCCUGGACAACAACAAUACCCUGGGCAACAACAAUACCCUGGACAGCAACAAUAUCCUGGACAACAACCGUAUCCUGGACAGCAGCCGCCUUAUGCGCCAUCAUAUCCCCAGGGUGCUCCUUACCCCGGCGGACAGCCUCAGGGUCGCCCUGUUCCCUCUCCAGGCCCAGGCGGUCCACCAGGCCAGUAUGGUGCUCCCGGUGGUGCCCCCGGUGGUCCAGCUCCCCCAGCAACUCAGCAGCAAGUUGCAGCCUACCGCUCCCUGCUGAUUGCCACGAUUCAAGAGAAGAACCUUCAAAGCUUCUACCCACCCGACCGCCUCGACCGACUCGUGCAGAACCUUGCCGCAGAGGCACCUGGCAAACUUGCCAGACUGAUUCACGAAUGGGCCGUACCAAUGGAAGUCGCCACAGACGUGAUGAAACUCUCGCUUUUCGACGUCAUUCUGUACGUUGACGACAGCGGAUCGAUUGAAUUCGAAGAAAAGGGUCUGCGAAAGGAUCAACUGAGACAGAUUCUCGGCAUUGUCGCAACUGCAGCUUCGACCUUCGACCAGGAUGGUAUCUCUGUGCGGUUCAUGAACUCUUCUGAAAAGGGCGAUGGUAUCCGUGACGCCGAAGAUGUGAACCAGCUUGUCUCUCGAGUCCGUUUCUCAGGCCUGACGCCUCUCGGCACCAACCUCAAGACCAAGGUUGUGGAGCCGAUGAUCGUGGAGCCUGCUCGUGCAAACCGCCUGGACAAGCCCGUACUCGUAAUCACCAUUACUGACGGACAGCCGGCUGGUGAGCCACACGGUGCUGUGGGCGACGUCAUUCGCUACGCUGUGGAUGAGACCUCCCGAACUCGCUAUGGAGCAGGUGCCGUCGCAUUCCAGUUCUCACAGGUUGGCACUGAUCAGCGCGCUCGCGACUUCUUGUCUGCCCUCGAUGAGGACCCCCACAUCGGUCACUUGAUUGACUGUACCUCCAACUUCGAGGUGGAGCAGGAUGAGAUGUCCCGCGCUAAUCCUCCGGUACACCUCACUCGUGAACUCUGGUGCGCCAAACUCAUGCUCGGUGCUAUCGAUUCAUCUUACGAUACCAAAGACGAGCGCGAUAACGCACGUCGGGGUGGUGGUCCUCAGGGCUCGACCAGCCAGUAUGGCGGCGGCGGGUAUCCCUCUCAAGGGCCUCCCCAAGGUGGUGCGGGUCAGUACGGUGCGCCUCCUGGGCGGCCUCAAAGCCAAGGCCAGCAAUAUGGCGCACCCCCUGGACCUCCACCAAACCAAAGCCAACAGUAUGGCGCCCCUCCUGGACCUCCACCAAACCAAAGCCAGCAAUAUAGCGCCCCUCCUGGGCCUCCCCCAGGUCACAGCCAAGGCCCUCCGUAUGGCGCACCACCCGGCGCACCGCCCGGUGCUCCCUACGGUCAGUCUGGAUACCCACCCCAAGGCUACCCACCGUCCCAGGGCCAGCCUCAAUAUCAGGCAUCGCGUGGGGCAUAUGGCCAGCAGCCCUAUGGAUCCCAGCCUGGCUAUCCACCCUACGGCCAGCGGUAUUAG